AAGAGAGGAGCGGGUGUGAUCAAGAUAGAAAUUCAUCUGAUGAAUCUAACUUCUUAGAGUUACACUAAAGGGGAGGAAAGAAAACCGAGAUCAACUGAAGACUCAAGUGGGUUUAAACCACCUGUAAAACCUCCAGCUGAUGGCAAGAAGACAGCGUUAUGCGUGAUUUUAACAUGCCUGGAGAGUUUGUGCGUAAACGUGCGCCCCAAGCUCUCUUCCCAUCCUAUCCUCACCCUCAUCUUCCUCGGAUCUGAGCAGCAGCAACAGCAGCCGCGGCGGUCCAUCCUUCAGACCGGCUGAAAAUGGCUCCACUCCGGAGGAGCUCCACUCUGCGACUGACGGGGUUAUUGUGCCUUUUAUUUCUCGUUUUCUUCUCUCGUGGCUUCGCGAGUCAUGAUGUUGUUUCAGAAAAAUCAUCCGGAACGAUACAAGAGGAUUCCCGUAGCCAAGCAAACUCCACGGCUCAUGAAAAGACUUUCCCCGUCCUCUCCUUCAACUACGAACAUGUUAGGACGCCCUUUGAGAUCUCUCUGUGGAUCCUCCUGGCCCUGUUCAUGAAACUUGUGUCCUGCCUGCUGUUUGGCUCCAUCAUCUCGGCCGUGGACCCCGUGUCCGUCCUGGCCGUGUUCGAGGAGAUCCACAUUAAUGAGCUGCUGCACAUCCUCGUGUUCGGGGAGUCGCUCCUCAAUGAUGCCGUCACUGUGGUCCUGUAUCACCUGUUUAAGGAAUUUGCUCACGAGCAGGCGAUUACCGUGACCGGCGCCGUCCUCGGUGUCAUCUCUUUCUUCGUGGUUUCCCUGGGAGGUGUCAUGGUGGGCGUCAUCUACGGCAUCGUGGGAGCUUUUACGUCCCGCUUCACCUCAUACUCGCGCGUCAUCGAGCCGCUGUUCGUCUUCCUCUACAGCUACAUGGCUUACCUCUCAGCGGAGAUCUUUCACCUGUCAGGGAUCAUGUCGUAAGUAGACGAGCCCUCGGUCUCUGAGCUUUAUGAUAAAAAGGUUUGAGUCUCAAACUCACAAAAACUCUGUAUCAGAUAUAAUACACUAGUGUUAAUAUUUCCUAAUGAGAAAGUGAAAACAUUUUUGCAAAUUUAUUAAAAAUGUAACUAAAUUAAAUGUAUCCUAAUUAAAAUCUCUCCCCUUAUAUUGUAAACUUGAUAAAACAUUAAUUAUCAAACUAUUUUUUUAUAUUUAUUUAACAAAUAUCAGUUAGCAGUUAGGUAAAAAUGUCAUUUUUAUUUAUUACAAAACAUACAUAAAAUCAAGAACUUGUUCCUCACUGCCAUCAUCACCGUCGUCUUCUUCACUGUCUUCGUGCAGGGGAUGACGAUCAGGCCCCUGGUGGAGCUCCUAGCUGUGAAGAAAAAGAAAGAGAGCAAAGAAUCAAUUAAUGAGGAGAUCCACACACAGUUCCUGGAUCAUCUCCUCACAGGAAUUGAAGACAUCUGUGGUCAUUAUGGGCAUCAUCACUGGAAGGACAAGCUGAAUCGCUUCAAUAAGACCUAUGUGAAGAGAUGGCUGAUCGCAGGAGAACGCUCCACCGAGCCUCAGCUCAUCUCCUUCUACAAUAAGAUGGAGCUGAAACAGGCGAUGAUGAUGGUGGAGAGCGGGAGCGCCGCCAAGCUGCCCACGAUUGUGUCGACCGUCUCCAUCCGAACUCGGCAUCCAGAUGAACAGAAUCAAAUGAGCCACUACCUCACGGUCCCUGCAAAGCGCCAGGAGACGCCCCCUGUGAGAAAAGUAUUUUUUCAACCAGAGCACAAAGUGUACACCUACGAUGACAGCGAGAGUCCCCGAGGCCGGGCUUCUCCCAGCUGUGCUGAUGAUGUCAGCGGGCUGGAUGAGACCCCUGAGAAGCCCGAUCAGAGCAGCACGCCGAGGGCCAACAGGGACGCCGAGCUGAAGCCAAAAGAGCAGGACGACCAGGGGGAUCAGCUGAAAGUAUCACGCUGCCUCAGUGACCCCGGUCCAAACCCGGAGGAUGAUGAGGACAGCACCUUCCUGCCAUGAGUGAAGCACAUUUUACAGGAGAGGCCUGAAGACAAGAGAGCUUUAGCAAAGCUUGAUAUUUAUCAUUUAAAUUGUUGUAUGUUUGUGAUGUAGGAUUAUGCAAUCUUCGUUCCAUACGUUCAUAACACGUUUUUUUUAUCAUGCAACAUGCAGAAUUGCCAAAGCGUGCUGCAGAGGACAUUUCUUAUUUGAAGUUUUUAUACCCGCCUGAAGUUUCAACGUUUUGAAUUUUAACAUGCGCCUCAAGCCAAAGCAUUUGUUUCAAUGAGCUUGAAGCACCAGACGGGUGGAGUCUCCUGCCCUGAAAGCACAGAUAAGAAACAUAAUGAGGUAAAGCCCGGCUGAUAAACGCCGUUGGCUGCCAGUGUUUGUCUGUCUGUGGUAUUUAUCACAGACUGAAACAUCUAAACAACCUUUAGAUGGGUUGCCAUGACGUUUUGUUCAUCUAUGGUGCCCAGAGGAUGAAUCCUCACAACUUAAAGCCGUCAUAGACGUCUCCUCUGGCACCACCACGAGGUUGACUUUUUUAUUAUAGUUGUUUUAACUAAAAUAUCUCUUCAGCUAUUGGAUGGAUUACCAUGAAGUAAUGACAGGGGAACUAGAGCUCACAUUUUUCCUAUAUCGACUUCCCUUCAUGGGCUCCCUGUUGAAUCCAGAAGUGGAUUUAAAAUAUUUCUCUUCACAUACAGUUCCCAAAAUAAGACCUCAUAGUAUCAUAUUAUCUUAUCAGAGCUCAUUGCUCUCAAGCUGCAGGGUUACUUGUGGUUUCUAAAAGUAGAAUCAGAAGCUUAGAUUGGAUUAGACUCAAGACUUUCCUGAUAGAGCUUAUAGUUUAGGCUGGAUCAGGUGAGGCUGAACCAUCUCUUAGAUAUGCUGCUAUAGAGUCAGGCUGCUGGGGGUCUUCCCAUGAUGCACUGAGCACUUCUUUUUCACUCACCUCAUUUCACUCCACAUGUGUUUAGAAACCAUUGUUGCAUGUCAUUUUCUCUUCCACAGUUUGUGUUUUGUCCAGUCUCACCGUGCAGAUAGCUGCUCCUCCCUGAACCUGGUUCACGUGGAGUUUCUCCUCCGGACUGCUGGUCAAUGUGAGAGCAGCACUUAUUAUAAAAACAAGCUAUAUCCAAACAUGAGACUGAAGUAAAACAUCCAAAACUAAUGUUUUCAUGACUUCGUCAGUAUUUUCAGUGUACAUUCAAACUCAGACAUAUAGACUGUUUUGAUUUCAAUCAAACAGGACGAUUAAACAUACUCCAUAAUAAUCUCUAUAAAGACCCACAUUCACCUCUCUUUAAGUCUAAAGGAAGUAUUCUGAAAAUGUUUAGCUGAGCUAUAGCUUUGAGUUUUAAUAAGCCUAAGCCAAAAGUCCAAAAAAAGAUACCCCUCGUGAUCACUUUGCUAAAACAUAAUUGCCAGGCUACAGAGGUUGAAAACUGCACGGUCAGCCAGAUCUGUUCUGCUCUACACGCAUCAACCUAGGCGCUAUAAUCAGGUUUAUUAUGUGGCACAGUGUGUGGCCUUAAAAGUUCCGCUUUGACAUAUCUUGGCCAAAUUUCUCUAAUUGAGAAAAACUGCUAUCAAAACAGAUUCUUUUGCUUUAAAAAAAACAAUCUGUAUUGUUCCCGAGUCACACUCACAUCAGCCUUUACAAAAUUCCGGCAUCAGAUGCAUAAAUGUUGUAUCGUAAAUAUGUUCGCACUGCUUGAAGUUUCAUGUUGGUAACGAAAAGACCGAUCUGAUGAUCAAAGGCCAUUGACGAGCUUAAAAUUAAAAAAUGAGCUGCAGAUAUUUGUGGACAAGCUUAGCACUGUGUUUAUCUCCACAGCUGUCGCUGCAUGUCUGAUCAGUGUUUUCUCAGGGAAUUCGACAGACGGUGUGUUUGUACCACUAAUACAUGCUCCACAGUUUAUAAUGUGCCUGUUUUUGUACGCUAAAGUGUUUUCAGCUCUUGUCAAACCGAACAAGGUGUUGGUGAUGUUUCCACGUUUUGUAAACAAAGCUCUUUGUGUGUGUGUGUGUGUUCCUGUUAACUGAGCAUGCUCCAAGACCUGUCAGUGUUUAAGAGACUGGACUGCCUGAGCUUUUGCUGCCUGCACACAUUUGCCUUAAAAGUGUUUUUGCUUUUUAUGCUUUUACCAGUUGUAAUGUUCUUUAUAUUACAUAUUGUUAUAUGUUUAUUUUGCAAAAAUAAAAAAUUUGUUGAAAUCA